AUGCUUGCUUUCAGUCCGGAAACAGAUCGAGAGCUAGUGGAUUUGGAUCGUUCGGGUUAUGAAGAUUCAGGAACGAAUACUAAAAUUCAACAGCAGUGUCUGAACUACAGUGCACCUACAGGAUCUGGAACCACAUCACCGUUUGAGGAGGUAAUUUGCGUUGGAUGUGGCUAUGAAAUUCAUGAUCGAUACCUACUGAAAAUCAUGAAUGAAUCUUAUCAUGAGAAUUGUCUACGAUGCUAUGCUUGUCAUCAACCUUUGGCUGGUAACAACUCGUGUUAUACCAAAGAUGGAAACGUUUAUUGCCAAGAAGAUCAUUCAAUGUUGUUCUCACGACGAUGUGCUCGCUGCGCUCAAACUCUAGAAUCCACUGAUCUUGUGUAUCGCUGUAUGCAGAACACUUACCAUUCCAGAUGUUUCACCUGUUGCUAUUGUAGAAUACCCUUUGCUAAGGGCGAUGAAUAUCUUAUGGUAGAUGGUGAAAUUGUAUGUCGGAAUGAUUAUCAUAUGCUUCAGUCUCAUUUGCAAAAUCCUAUUCCUGUUAAUCCGUUGCCUUAUGAUUAUGAUCAGAACGAUCCCUCUCGCAAAACACCCAAACGACCUAGAACAAUUUUAAAUGCACAACAACGAAGGCAAUUUAAAGCUGCCUUCGAGAAAAGCGCAAAACCUUGUCGAAAGGUAAGAGAGCAAUUAGCUAAAGAGACUGGUUUGAGCGUCCGUGUAGUUCAAGUUUGGUUCCAAAAUCAGAGAGCGAAGAUGAAAAAAAUACAACGAAAGGAGGAUAACAAGCGAUCAACGAGUAGUAGUGCCAAGACGGAUGACACCAAAGAAUCAGAGAAAAGUUCAGAUGAUGAAGUUGAUUCUGAGCCCGAAGAAAUAGAAUGCGAUGAAAAUCAUGCUUCGUCUAUAAAAACCGAACUGAGUGACUUGGAUCAUUUGAGCAAUCCAAUUGAAAAGCUAUAUAAUAUGCAAAAUACUUAUUUCCAGUACUCAUGA